GACUGCUACCAGCUGGGACUCUGCCACUCAAAGAGUCUGCCAUCUGUGAGUCAUUUUGUUGGUCGAGAGGAAGACAUUCGCAACAUCACUGGCUACCUUGACUUUUCAACCUCAGCUGUUCAGGUAGUUCACAUUGUUGGACCUCCUGGGUUCGGUAAAUCCACUCUGGCCAUGAAAAUUGGGGAGAUAUUCGUAAGGAAAUGGGUCAGUGUUCAUUAUGUAGAUGUUGGGCAAAAAAUGGUUAAAGAUAAAGAUACUCUUGCUGAGAAGAUUGUACUCAGUAUGGUUGAGUCCCAUAAGACUAAGGUAACAUUCAGUGAUUUGGAGGAUAAGAUA